AUGACAGAAAAAUAUUGGUAAAGAUAUAAAGAAACUCAUGAUAAGGAUCCUCUUAAUACAAAUGAAUUAUGGGUUAGAGUUAAGUAAGAUUUAAAAAGAAGAGAAAAGCCAAAGCAUCAUCUUGAAUUAUAUUCAUAUUGUAGAACUGAGAAUCCUUAUAUAAAAUAAAUUAAGAGUUCUCCAAAUAUAACUAUGGAUACAGUUGCAGAACUAAUUUGCAGAUAAUCAGCAUGUGAAUUAUAAUAUUGUAUGAGUCUUCAAAAAUUGGCUGUGGAAAAUAGCAGAUCUAAAAUAGAGUAACAGUAAAAUGCAAUCAAAUAGUUUAUAGGGAUGUAGAGAUCAAUAUAAAACAAUGACGACUUGCAUAAUGAAUGAAAAGAAUAGAAUAAAAUCAAAAGAAGAAGAAUUAAGAAAUCUUGUAUUGGGUUUACAAUAACCAGAAAUUAAAUAAGAACCUUAAAAAUAGCCUAUUCUUAAAGAAGAACCUGUUAUGUGAUUAAUAAUUAUUAAAUUUAUU